AUCUUGACCCAUUCACUGCUUUUGACCUACGACUUACUAGUCGUGAAUUGCCCCGUUUACCUCACCUUGGACGUUGACUUGAACUAAGCUUUAUACUGGCAAACAACUAAGAUGUCAGUCCUUGGCAUUCAAAGCCACUCUGCGUUGGCGGGUGUUGCGUCUGCGUCUAGUUCUAGGCCAGCUGCGGUCCCACGCCCAGCGCAGCCUCGUUCAGCGGCUCCCCGGCCUGCGGUAGACCUCCUGCGUGGCUCCCAGCCCGUAUCACCCGUCAAGCAGCACGCGUCUCGGGCAUCUAGCGUUGUUGCUAUGUCAGCGGCUGGAAAAGCGGGCGAGAAGCAGACUGCCGAGGUGCCCAUUGCGGAGCUGCGCACGCUUUGCACGAAGGCGCUGAAGACGCUUGGUUACACCAACGAGGAGAUUGAGAUUCUUAACGAUGUCCUCUUCUAUGCCCAGCUGCGCGAUAACAACCAGGGCAUCGUUAAGAUUACCUCUGGUGGUCUCAACAAGUCACCAGCGGCUAGUCCGCCGGUGAUUGAGAAGGAGACCCGGCUAUCCGCGCUCAUCAAUGGCAACAACAGCGCAGGCAUGCUGGUGCUGCACAAGGCGACCCAGAUGGCCAUCGAACGCGCCCGCAGCCAGGGCUUUGGCAUCGUGGGCACCAACCACACGCCCAGCAGCACCGGCGCCCUGGGGUACUACGUUGACCUCAUCUCCCGUGAGGGCCUCAUCGGUAUCGUGCUGGCGCAGUCGCCCGAGUUCGUGGCGCCCUUCGGAGCCAAGCAGCCCAUCUUUGGGACCAACCCCAUUGGCAUUUCCAUUCCCGCGCAGGACGGCGCCGUGACCAUGGACAUGGCCACCGCCGCCUUCGCCUGGUUCGGUCUGCUGGAGGCCAAGGCGGCGGGGCGGCCCAUCCCGCCCGACGUGGCCAUGAACGCGGCGGGGCAGCCCACCAGCGACCCCAAUGAGGUGCUGCAGGGGGGCGCCAUCCGCGUGUUCGACAAGUCGUACAAGGGCAGCAACCUGGCGCUCAUGGUGGAGCUGCUGGCGGGUCCGCUGGUGGGCGCUGCGGUGGCCGACAAGCUGGAGGAGCGGAACUGGGGGAACCUGGUGGUGGCGAUCGACCCGGGACUGCUGGGGGAGCCGGGGGAGAUCAAGAGGAGGGUGCAGGUGGUGUUGGACCGUGUCCGGGGCGCCGAGCGGCUGCCGGGGGUGGAGGAGAUACUGCUGCCCGGGGAGCGGGGCAACCGGAAGGCCAGUGCGCGGCUGGCGGCAGGUGUGAUGCCCCUGGAGGUGAACCUGCUGUCGCAGCUGCGCACCAUGGCAGCAAAAUACGACAGCCAGGGCAGUCCGCCCGCCUCGCCCACCAAGCUGGCGGUGGCGACACGGCUGGUGCACCCCAAGACAAAGGUGGUGGACCCCUACGGCGGCUCCAUGCCCCCGCUGUGGCAGACCGCCACCUUCGCCCAACCCAGCGCCACCACCUUCGGGGAGUACGACUACACUCGCAGCGGCAACCCCACUCGCACCAUGCUGGAGGAGCAAUUCGCUGCCCUGGAGGGCGGUGACCGCGGGUUCGCCUUCACCAGCGGUAUGGCGGCGCUGGCGGCGGUGUGCCGGCUGGUGGGGCGAGGGGGGCACAUCGUGGCGGGGGAGGACAUCUACGGCGGCACCAGCCGGCUGCUGAGCAGUGUGGUGCCGGCGGGCGGGGUGGAGGUGACGCAUGUGGACAUGACGGAUGUGGAUGCCGUCCGCGCCGCGCUGCGCCCCGGCGUCACCCAGCUGGUGCUGGUGGAGUCGCCAACCAACCCGCGCAUGCAGAUCUGCGACAUCGCCGCCAUCGCAGCGGCAGCUCGCGAGGCGGGCGCCAUCACCUGCGUGGACAACUCCAUUAUGGCGCCCGUGUUCCAGCGGCCGCUGGACCUGGGGGCCGACAUCUGCAUGACCAGCGGCACCAAGUUUGUGGGGGGCCACGGGGACGUGACGUUGGGGCUGCUGACGGUGAAGGGGGAGGAGCUAGCCAAGCGGGUGUACUUCCUGCAGAACGCGGAGGGAGCGGGUCUGGCCCCCUUCGACUGCUGGCUGGCCCUGCGCGGUCUGAAGACCAUGGCCCUGCGCAUGGAGCGAUCCGCCGCCAACGCCGCCGCGCUGGCUUCCUUCCUGAGCCGCCACCCGCUGGUGCGCAAGGUGAACUACCCGGGGCUGCCGGGGCACCCGGGGCACGAGCUGCACAUGCGGCAGGCCAGCGGCGGGGGCUCGCUGCUGAGCUUCGAGACGGGGGAUGUGGAGGCGAGCAAGGUCAUCGUGGAGGCCACGCAGCUGUUCAAGGUGACCGUCAGCUUCGGCAACGUCAACUCCCUCAUCAGCCUGCCCUGCUACAUGAGCCACGCGUCCAUCCCGGCGGAGGUGCGGGCGGCGCGGGGGCUGCCGGACGACCUGGUUCGCAUUUCCACGGGUAUUGAGGACGUGAAGGAUCUGAUUGAGGACCUGGAUCAGGCCAUGCAGCUAGCCAUGGAGAAGACCGGCAAGGGCAAGGCGACGGCGGGCGCAGGGACGCAGCAGCAGCAGCAGGGAGGGAAUGGUGCGAGCAGCAGCAGCAGUGGGAGUGAGGGAGCGGGAGCGCCGGUGGUGUAUCGGUUUGGAGGGAAUGGGAAUGGGAGCGGGGCGGCGGCAGCAGCGGCAGAGGCGGGUGUUGAGGGCGAGCGGGAGCGGUGGCUGAAGGAGCGGAUCAGCAUCUUUGAGGCGGAGCUGAGGGCGCUUCAAAUGCAGCAGCAACAAGGGGGGAACGGGCGUCACCCUGUUGCGCAUGCGCAAUAGCGGGGUUGCUAGGGCUGCUGGGGUUUGCUGGGUUAUGUGGGGGUGCGGAUCUGUGUGUGCAGGGAUGCAAAGGAUGAACCGGUGGUUUGUUUGGGGCUAUCUUAGGGUGACGAGAACAACAAGGAGCUGUGAUUAUAUUGAAUCUUGGGGAAGGCAUGCGCGAUGUGUUGACUUUCCUUCUGCUGUCCUUGUCCUGUAACGCAUGGUACGGCGCGUGCGCGUACAAUAGGUAUGGUGCAUGUGUGCCGUACGGUGCCCUGGGGUGGAGUGGGGUUGUGAAGCGCGCCAGGCAGUUGUUCCGCGCUGGAAGACUGUGUAGAGGCCAAUGAAGCCACUUGUCGACAGCGGGCGGCAAUACCUGUAUGUGUUGUGACUUACAGGAACUGCGGUGCGGGAGGGGUUCAGCGAGCGAACGACCAUUAUACGGUAACAUGGCAGCGACUGUACCCCCGACACUGCACAAUAUGGGGAAUGUGAGAGGUGCACUGGCACAGACUCGACAAACUAG